GAAUUUGGGUUUGUGGGUGUGAAUUUAACAAAAAAAUAUCUUUCAAGUUAAUUUUGUCAUAUUCAUGUCUAGUUGAUCGGAGCUGAAAUCUCAAAAACAAAAAGAGGAGAGGACAAAUAUUUUUUCUUCGAAUUAAUUUAAUUACACUUUAUUUUUCGUGUACUGCGGCGUGGACUUUUUUCAGCUCCAUUUCAGAUCCCGAGGACAAACCCCAAGAACAGAAAAACCUUUGGUAUAUUCGAGAAAGAGCUUGAUUUUCUGUUGAUUUGUUUGAAUUUGGAUUAUGGGUGAUGAUGAAGAAGAACAGCCACCGAAUUCGCCGCCGCCGAAGUCCAAGGCCGUUCUGUCGCGGCCCACUAUUAAUCUCCCGCCACGGACUUCUAUGGAGUCGUUCUUCGGUGGGCCGGGUUUCGGAUUCGGGUUUAGCCCAGGCCCCAUGACGCUCGUCUCGAGCUUCUUCUCCGAUUCCGACGACUGCAAGUCUUUCUCUCAGCUCCUUGCCGGAGCCAUGGCCUCGCCGGUGGCAGUUCCUCCCCACGCUCCGACGGCGCUUGAGCUCAAGGGCUCAGCCGGUCUGGAUUCUGCGGGACUAUUUUCUCCCGGUCAGGGACCUUUUGGAAUGACGCAUCAGCAGGCUUUGGCACAGGUUACCAUGCAGGCUGCACAAACCUAUUCUCAUAAGCAAAUGGAAGCAGAAUCUUUUUCUUCAUCGGUAGCACCCGCUGCAUCCGCAGAGCUUUCAGCGACAUUUCCUGGCGAGAAAACUAAAGAUCAGCUGAUGCAACCUCCACUACUGAACUCUGCAGUUGCUACCACGGAGUCAUUGGAUAUCUCUCAAUCAGAUCAGAGAUUGCCACCUUCUUCGUGUAAUGUCGAUAGGCCUGCUAAUGACGGCUACAAUUGGAGAAAAUAUGGACAGAAACAAGUGAAGGGCAGUGAAUUUCCUCGAAGCUAUUAUAAGUGCACACAUCUGAAUUGUCCUGUGAAGAAAAAGGUUGAACGAUCUCUGGAAGGCCAGGUUACUGAAAUUAUCUACAAAGGUGAGCACAACCAUGAACGACCUCAACUGAAUAAGCGAGCGAAGGAUGUCGGUAAUUCUAACGGAUAUUCAAGUUUUCCUGGAAAUCCUGAGCUAUCUUCUCAACUUCAAAGUGGAUAUUUGAACAAAUCGAAUGAGCAGACAGCUGUGUCUUCUAUUGCAAAGAAAGAUCAGGAUUCAAGCCUUGUUACACAUGAACAGUUAUCUGGUACUAGUGAUGGUGAGGGAUUGAGUGAGAUAGAAACUGGAGUGAAUCAAAAAGAUGAAGACGAGCCCGAUGCCAAGAGACGGAAUACUGAGGUUAGAGUUUCAGAGCCAGCAUCUUCCCAUAGGACCCUCACGGAAUCCAGAAUCAUUGUGCAGACCACAAGUGAAGUCGAUCUAUUGGAUGAUGGCUACAGGUGGCGGAAGUACGGGCAGAAAAUUGUUAAAGGCAAUCCUUACCCCAGGAGCUAUUAUAAAUGCACGACUCCGGGAUGCAAUGUUCGUAAACAUGUUGAGAGAGCUUCAACAGACCCAAAAGCUGUAGUAACAACGUACGAGGGUAAACACAAUCACGAUGUUCCAGCCGGUAGAACCACCAGCCACAGUACAUUCAACAGCAACGUUCCUCACCUAAAAUCACAAAGUAUGGUUACUGAGAAAAGAUUUUCAAGUAAGAACACUGAUUCCGGGAACUCACGUCAACAGCCUGUUGGACUUCUACGGUUAAAGGAAGAACAAAUAACAUAGUUUCUCUUUCUUCAACUUAUGAGCAAAAGAGGUCAGACCAUAACAUGAGAGUACAACUUCUCAGGCAGAUGCUCUCUACCUGUUUUAUAUCUUCCCACUUCAAAAGCCUUACUGAAAGCCAUACUUUUAAAUCAAUACCAUUUUGUCCUGUUGUUAAUAUACAGUUAAAGGGAAAUGAGAACAGAAGAAUUCACAUCAAGAGGAACUUAGAUUGUAAUAGUUAUUGUAUGUAAGAUGUCUGAAAGAAGCAUAUCGUAUCAAAUCUACUUUUGCAUUCUUUUGUAAAUGGGAAUACAAGUAAAUUAUUCUAUAUUAUUUGCUUAUGAUAUUGAUCCAUCUAAAGUGUGACCGA